CCUAAUUCCAAAGCCUAAAUUUGAGUAAGAUAAUGGUUGAUAACUUUUAACACAUUUAUUCAUUUCUAAACAAUCCAAGGAUGAUCAUCUUUUCUCAAAGAAGAACACAAAAGAAAAGCAUUAGGUCCUUCUGUUUACAAACUGCCUGCAGCCUGUAGAAAUAAAGUGUAAAGAAAGUAGCUGAGCUAAUAUUCAUUAAUUGUGGAGCUGUUUUGUUAGUCUGUAAAGAUAAAAAAGAGUAUAUAUAUAUAUAUAUAUAUAUAGACGAGGUAAUUAGGUAUAUUAUUAGUAGCAUUAAUAUAAUGACAACACCAAAACAAAUUUGGGAGCAACAACAAGCUGCACAAGUCAUGAAGAUGAAGAAUUCAGGAGCAAUGAGCUUCAUUGGAAGCCCAACCAUGGACGACAAAGAUGAAGAAAUGUCUAAGUCUGUCUUAUCCGCCUUUCAAGCUAAGGAAGAGGAGAUCGAGAAAAAGAAGAUGGAGGUUAAACAACGCGUUCAACUUCACCUAGGCCGUGUUGAAGAGGAGACUAAACGCCUUGCUGAAAUUCGCGAGGAACUUGAGGCUUUAGAAGACCCAAAGAGGAAGGAAGUAGCAUUUGUUCGGAAGAGGAUUGAUACUAUCAACAAAGAGCUCAGGCCACUUGGAAUUACAUGCCAGAAGAAGGAACGCGAGUACAAAGAGGCCCUUGAUGCUUUUAAUGACAAAAACAAGGAAAAAGCUCAACUUGUAGCCAAAUUAAUGAAGCUGGUGAGUGAAAGUGAGCAGUUGAGGUUGAAGAGGCUAGAGGAGCUCAGCAAGCACAUUGAAUCUCUUAAAUGAUUUAUAAACAAAAUUCUAAUUCAAUAUCAUUAACUAAUUGAUUGAAGAGAGGGGGAGGGAUUUAAUUUUUUUUCCUUUUUUUUUUAAUGUUUUUCUUGUGUUCCACUAAGACUAAUUCUUUAAUUUUUAUGUACUUUUUGUGGUGUGAUUUUUUUUUAACUUAGUAUUAAUUUGUAUUUGCUUGAGGCUUGAGGAUUGUGAAGGUUGUAAAUUUGUAAUUGAUAUAACAUAUUACAAAACUAUGUUCUAAUUACAGGUACGGUGUGUUCAAGUGUGAAUAAUAUGUU